AUGUCCAAGUUAGAAAUAGAGAAAAUGUUGGAACAACAAACGAUUGAUUUUGAUAAGCAUUUCAUUGCUUUCUUGAAAUUGCCUCCUGAAAUUAUUCAACGUGUUAUCUCUUAUAUUAGAAAAGAUUUGUUGACUAUAUUCUUGGAUUGUAAUGCUUUAGUACCAUUUAUUUUACCGUAUAUUGAACGACAAGUUGAAAUAGUGACAUAUAUUUAUGAAAUUACAGGUCCACUACUUUGGAGCUCUUUUGAACUGAAUACUUUAAAUAUGCCACAAUUGUCGAUGACUAAACUAAAGGAACUUAUGGAUAGUUAUAAAAUUUGUCCAAAGGAAGCUACAAUAGACAUCAGAGCCAAUGUUGAUUUUACAAAUUAUCAAGAAGGUAACAAUAUAACGAGUGAUCAUGAUGAAGAAAAUAGAGAGGCUGAGUACCAAUUGAUUAAUUUAGUCGAUGAAAGUCUUGAUAAGUGGUGUGAAUAUAAUCAAGAAAUUUUAGGAAAAGUGAAGAAUUGGAGACUUCAAGAUAAAAUUUAUCAAAGAGACGGAGCCCAAUUCCUUUCCAAACUAAAUUCGUAUAUGAAUUUAAUGUCAUUUGAUGUCAUGUUUCCAGAAUACGAUGAUGUUGAUCCUGAAACCCAGAAGGAAAUAUUGAAUUGUAUUCCAGAAUCAGUUUCCUGUCUUUCCUUUGAUAUGAAGGAUGGGCUGAUAAAUUCUAAUUUUCUCAAAUAUUCAUAUUUAAGGAAGUUGAAGUGUCCAAUUACUUCCCGUAAUCAAAUUAACUUAAUUCCUCCUAGUGUCGAGUCGUUGAAUAUAUACGCCUAUAAUGAGGCUGAAGUUAUGUUUUUAGACACGGAUAAAGUUCCACCCAACUUAAAAGAGUUUGCAGUUAUUACUGGAUUCGGAUAUAAUAAUAUUGAAAUUCUCAUUAAACAGAUGGACAAAUUGGGGUCAUUCAAAAUUUGUCAAUACUGGACGUCAACAAGAAUUGAAUCCUUGUGUUUACCUGAUUCCAACAUCACUAAUCUAGUGAUAGAUUCAUGUGGUUUUGAUGACUAUUCAUCAAUUAGAAAAUAUAAAGGCUUGAAGAGAUUAAAAAUUAUUGGGUCAAUUAUUCUGCUGAAUUUGCUUGUAUCGGAAGAUGAUUUCCCAAACAUGCAAGAACUUAUAUUUAUGCCAAGUGGUAUGGUAAAUCCGAACUAUUUGGAUGCCUCAGUCUCAAAUUUAGAAGAUCCAUUUACUCCGCUGGGUGACAAAUUGGUAUUUCCGCCAAACUUAGCCAAUCUUGAAAUUAACUCUGACUUCAUUUUCAAGACAUUGAAUCUUCCAAGAAAAUUAAAUUCUUUAACUUUAUCAAGAACAAUAUUCCCCAAUGGAAUUACGUUCAAACUUCCAGAUACGCUUAGGUAUCUAAAACUAUCAGAAACAAAGCUUAGAAGUUUGGAUGAUUUCCAUUUUCCUACAAAUUUGGAAGUUCUUAUUAUCCACUGUAAUAGACAUUUGAAGUCGAUGACAAAUACCAAUUUAAGUAGCCUUGGACAUUUAUAUUUCGUUGAUUUUUUUGGAAAUAGAAUUUGCGAUCCAGAUAAACCUAGAGAAAGUAAUCGUUACAAGUAUAAUACAUUCAAUUCUUCAAUGAGUGAUAAAAAUGAUAAUCAUUCUGAAUGCUCUUCUACUCUCAGCACCGAGGAGUAG